AAUAAUUUUAUAAAUUUUACGUAUUAUAUAAUUUUUUCCUUUUAAUUGUUUAAUAUUAUUUGUGAUUUUAAUAGUGUGUUAAUAUUGGCAAUGUGCUUAUGAUAGUAAUAAAAUGCCAAGAGGAAGGAAGAAAAUUAAAACUAAUGACGAGCAGCAUAUUACACACCAAAAUAAAUAUAAUUUCAAUCAUAAAGCUUUUGAAGUCAUAAGUAACCAGAAUAUUGAGGAAGAUUGUAUGAUAUUGGAGAAAUUUGGCGUUCCAAUUCCUCCUAAAGUAUUAAAUUUGAAUCUAGGUCCUGGGCUGAACCAGUUUAGUCUUGUAAUGAAUGUAUUUUCUAAAUAUUCUGAGUUUCUUCUAAAAUCUAUUGAGGAUUCUAAAGAUGAGCGUUUCUUAAAAAGGAAAGUAAUGUUCACAAAACUCGUCAAGGCUGUAAAUUUGAAGUUUAUUUGCUCAUUUCGGUGGAAAUAUUUCGAUAUUUUACUUCUAAAACGGAUUGAUAGGAGUUCUUUUGGGAUUAACAGUAAUGUUAAGAAUGUUAAGGAAUAUUUAAAGAUUUAUAAAUCAUUGUGGCAAGAACACUGUAAAUCUAUGCAAAGGUUACUGGGCGAAUGGAAUGAGGCCACUUGUAUAACUAAAGUGUAUGGACUUGAACAGAUAAAUGAGGCCAAUAUUUCAUCUGUCGUGUCCAAAUUAAACGAACUAGUGGAAGAGUGUACUUCUCAGCCAGACCCCUAUGAGAACAGAGUAGAAGAUAACGCGGAACUUAACCAAAAGAGCGCCAGUGGUUUGUUGAGAGAAGUGAUAGUGAACGAUGAGUAUAAGGAGAGUUUAGAAGUAUUGAAGAGUAAAAUAGAAAGUGCACGAUUCACGAGGAUUAAUCAGUUGCAGUUAAUGGUUAAUAGAAUCAUUGGAAAAUACGAAGACUUACUGAAUAAAGUUGAAACAUACAAUGAUUCACUGGUGAAAUUAUCUGCCUGUAUAUCCGAAAAGAUGUUCAGUCGAAUGAGUAUAAAAGAAUACGUUAAACUUAUACAAGAGAUGCCUCAUAUGGGUUAG